AUGCCGUCUGUUGCCACCAUCAUUCAGGGCGUGGCUCUUGCUACAUCCGCAUAUGCUGUCGAUCCUGCUGCGGUCUACAGCGGUGGCUAUACCUCAUCCAGCCACGUCUUGCUUCGAAUCGGCAAUGGCGGCGCCGGGCAAAGCGGUCUGAUUGAAAUCCUUGCCAACGAGUUCAUCAAGUCCAGUGUCAGCAACGGCUCCAAUCCCUUCAAAGUCGCCUGGUAUAAGAGUGACACCACCGAGUCCAUCAACUACCUCAAGGACGACACCGUCGAUAUCGGAAUCACGUACACCCCAUCAGCCGAGCAGAUCGCCAUCAAUCAAGGCAUUGCAAAGUCCCCCGCAUGGUAUGCCUGGCGCGACCACUUCCUCCUCGUCGGUCCACAGUCCAACCCAGCCAACCUCUCCAAGAGCGAAGAUAUCAGCACCAUGUUCUCGAAUAUCUAUGAAACCGCCGAAGAAGGAACUUCAGACCCACCCGUGCGCUUCCUCACGCGCUACGACAAAUCUGCAACAAAUAUCAAAGACUCUCAGUUGUGGAUUGGUAUCGGUCAAGUCCCCUGGGCUACUGCUUACUCUAAAUGGUACCACCAGUACAUUGCGUACCCAAUUCAGGCUUUGACUGCUGCUAUCUUGUUGGAUGAGUACACCAUCACUGAUCGAGGCCGCUACUGA